CCAGAUUCCCGAUUCCCCGAGAGAGAAACAUCGCCGGGAUGAAAGGCGGGCUGUGGAUCUUUGGCCUGGCUCUUGCGUGCAUGCCGGACUUCACAGCGGGGACAUUGGUGCAGCCAGAUUUUGAAUACCACAAAGCAGAAGGCGUAUGGCACCGCCUUGGAAUGGUCACCAAGGGAGAAGAAUCAGAAGUGAUGGGUGUCGACAUCAAGAUAUCGCCUUUGCCCAAAGGAAAUCUUGAUGUCCAACAAAGGACUCUGGUAAGGGAUUCCUGCCGGAGUUUCAGCGUCCGGUUCAAACGCAUGGACCGUUCUGGUAGAUUCACCGUUCUCUUUGCCACUAGAGGCAAAAGCACCGUCCACGUCGUAGAUACAGAUAAUGAGAUCUAUCUCCUUCUUCACAUUGAAACCGGAAAGGAUGUUGGGCUCUAUCUCUAUGCUAGAGGAGUUGAAGCUUCAGGUGCCCUCAAGAAAAAAUUCAAGACUCAUGCCAAGAAUUUGGGGUUCUCCGAGAGGGACAUCAAAUACCCGGACAGAGAUGUGAAAUGCCCAUUCUGAAUGGGUAAAAUAAAAACCAGAGCGAGCCAUGGGAUCUUCUUGCAUGAACGAACAGGUGGUAAAAAUACUACUGGAAAAACAGGAAAGGGUCGUUCUAAUAUGUUUAAGUCUAUCAUAAACCUUGUGGAUUCAGAAGUGGGUAUUUUUGCUUGCUACUUUAUUGACAUUUGUGAUAUAAAUAUAUUAUC